ACAGAAGAGAACAUGUAGAAAUGGCGUCUGGAUCCUCUCCUCUGUGAGGCUAUACAUAUAGAGAGUUCGACUUUCCAUUUCGAAUCCAUAAUCUAAUCUUCCGCCGAAAGCUCGUAGUUCGUAAAAUCUCCGGUUUCCUAUUUCGAAUCUUUUGGCAUUUCUCUGUAAUUUCGCAGAUUUGAAUCCUCCCAAGUAAGUGAGAAUGGCUAUGGCGGGUUUGUAUCGGCGUCCUCUUCCUUCGCCUCCGGCUAUAGACUUCGCCUCUGCCGAAGGAAAGCAAAUAUUCAAGGAAGCUCUUCAGAAAGGCAAUAUGGAAGGCUUUUUCAGGUUGAUUUCCUAUUUCCAGACGCAGUCUGAGCCUUCGUAUUGUGGCUUGGCCAGCCUUUCUAUGGUUAUGAAUGCCCUUUCUAUUGACCCUGGGCGAAAGUGGAAAGGGCCUUGGAGGUGGUUCGAUGAAUCUAUGCUGGAUUGCUGUGAGCCACUGGAAAUAGUUAAGGACAAGGGCAUUGCGUUUGGAAAGGUUGUUUGCUUGGCUCAUUGUUCAGGGGCAAAAGUUGAAGCAUUCCGCACUAGUCAAAGCACCAUAGAGGAUUUCCGUAAAUGCGUGAUAAAAUGUUCGUCUUCUGAUAAUUGCCAUAUCAUCACAUCAUAUCACAGAGGGGUAUUUAAGCAGACUGGAACUGGUCAUUUUUCACCUAUCGGUGGCUAUAAUGCUGAAAGGGAUAUGGCUUUGAUUCUUGAUGUCGCUCGUUUCAAGUAUCCUCCUCACUGGGUUCCGCUUAAACUUCUUUGGGAAGCCAUGGACAGUCUUGAUCUGUCAACAGGACAACGCAGAGGGUUCAUGCUCAUAUCUAGGCCUCACAGAGAACCAGGAUUGCUUUAUACUCUGAGCUGUAAGGAUGAAAGUUGGCUCAGCAUAGCAAAGUAUUUGACAGAAGAUGUUCCCCGUCUUGUAAGCUCACAGCACGUGAAUAAUGUUGAGAAGAUCUUAUCUGUUGUCUUCAAGUCACUUCCAUCAAAUUUCAACCAAUUCAUCAGAUGGGUGGCUGAGCUUCGAAGGAAGGAGGACCUUAACCAAAAUCUUAGUGCAGAGGAGAAAUCAAGACUGAACUUAAAGCAAGAGGUACUGAAACAAGUGCUUGAAUCUGAACUGUUCAAGCAUGUGAGUAAGUUCCUAUCCUCUGUGGAAUACGAAGACAAUCUGCAUCAUGUCGCUGCGAAGGUCUGUUGCCAAGGAGCUGAAGUUUUAUUAGGAAAUUUGUCGAAGGAGUUAUGUUGUCGGGAAACAUGCGUGAAAUGCGUCAAAGGUACGGGAGAGGAGGCUAUCACGGUGGUCUCGGGGAUCGUUCUACAUGACGGGAGCGAACAACAAGUUGACCUGCUCGUGCCAUCAGCCCAAGCCGACCCGAAAUGCUGCGACUGCGGUCCAGAGUCUGUGUACCCAGCCGGCAACGAUGUGCUGACGGUGCUUCUGAUGGCUUUACCUAUACAGACAUGGUCUGGCAUCAAAGACCAAGCUGUUAUGUAUGAAAUGAAACAGCUCGUUUCCAUGGCUAGCCUUCCCACAUUGCUUCAAGAAGAGGUAUUGCAUCUGCGUCGACAGCUUCAGCUGCUGAGACGGUGUCAAGAGAACAAGGAAGAGGAUGACCUCGCAGCUCCUGCCUUUUAAACCCCCCCACUUAUUUUGUUCCAUCUUUGUGAAUCCGAGAACCUUUAUUUUUGUCUCGUACGCGAAAAUAUUGGAAAUAUAAAGCUCAUAUUUCUGCAUGAGUUUUGUAAUAAAUUGUUUACAUUUCGAGAUACAUAAAGGAUUUUUAAAUCGAGAAUUA